CGGUCUGUCAAGGUGUACCCCUGUCUUUUACCCUAUGGUUCUCUCUACGAUCCCGUCCAGGAUAAGCGCUUGGAAGGUGCAUAGAUGAAUGGAUAUUCCCGAGUAGUUCCCAUAUUUUGCCUGAGCUUUGCUUAUUAUGGGUGAUAUCUGUUAUUCCUAUCAGCAGGAGUAGGAACUGACGUUUGAAGCCUUUGGACACGUCAGCUGAAAGGCACGGAAGGCUUUCAAUGUGACACACUUAACGGAAACCCAUUGGAUACAUGCGGCUUUGCGAACACGGAAGGGCUUUACUGUGACACACGCACUUGAAGUAUACGGAAGGAUUUUGGUGAAACACGUAAUACUUGCAUGAAGGGAGGCGCUCAACUGCUGGUCAUGACUAGAAAUUAUAGUUUUUUUAAAGUGCAUUGCGGUUUUAAAAUACUUAGCUGUCGAUACGCAGGAGAAAUACGCACGACGUCUAUGUAGCACUUGUUGUUUGUAGAUGUGUGCAUCGUUGGUCGACUUAUUUGGUUAGUGGGGUUUCCAUGAACCAUUUCAUCACAAAAGAAUCCUUCACUGCACUGUUGGAUUGAUGUCCAACCAGAAAUCAUGGACCUGCCUAUAUCUGAUUCGAGAAAGAAUGGUCGGCAGAGGAGGCCAAUCAUCUCUUGGGAGAUGAAGGAUGGCGAAGCCAUCUACCCGUCCGCUUUAGAGGUGGAGGAGGAGGCACUGCUUCAGGCUGCUGAGGAUGAUGACGGACGUCCCAAUGGGCACAGGAGUGUGAGGGCUGAACUGGGCAAUGUCUGCUUGCUGCUCUUCCUGUAUGUUUUACAGGGAAUUCCUCUGGGUCUGGCAGGAAGUAUACCUCUGAUCUUACAGAGUAAGAACGUCAGUUAUAAAGACCAGGCAUACUUCAGCUUUGUGUUUUGGCCUUUUAGUCUCAAGCUGCUUUGGGCUCCGCUGGUGGAUGCCCUAUAUCUGCCAUGGUUUGGUCGCAGGAAGUCGUGGUUGGUUCCCACCCAGUACCUCCUGGGCUUUUUUAUGCUCUACCUGUCUGCAACCAUGGACUCGCUGCUGGAAAGCGAUGGCCACAAGCCCCCGGACAUUUUCACAAUCACGGCUGUAUUUUUUAUGCUGGCCUUUCUGGCUGCUACGCAGGACAUCGCUGUGGACGGCUGGGCUCUCACCAUGCUCUCCCGGGAGAAUGUAGGUUAUGCCUCUACUUGCAACUCAGUAGGGCAAACAGCUGGCUAUUUCCUCGGCAAUGUGCUGUUCCUGGCUCUCGAGUCAGCUGACUUCUGCAACAUUUACCUGAGAUUUGAGCCCAAGUCCACUGGCAUCGUCACUCUCUCAGACUUCCUUUUCUUUUGGGGGAUGGUGUUCUUGGUGUCGACGACCCUGGUGGCGAUCAUGAAGAAGGAGACCCCCAGACGGCGGGCCAAGAAGGAGGCGAGGGAGGAGACGCAGGGGGUCAUGGAGACGUACAAGCUGCUCAUCUCCAUCAUCAGGAUGCCUACUGUCUUCACCUUCUGCUGCCUGCUGCUAACUGCGAAGGUGGGCUUCUCCGCAGCAGACGCCGUGACGGGACUAAAGCUGGUGGAGGCGGGGGUGCCGAAGGAGAAGCUGGCUCUGCUGGCCGUGCCCAUGGUGCCCCUGCAGAUCCUCCUGCCCCUCCUUAUCAGCAAGUACACAGCGGGGCCCCGGCCCCUGGAUGUGUUCUACAAGGCCUUCCCUUUCAGGUUGCUGAUUGGCUUGGAGUAUGCUCUGCUGGUGUGGUGGACACCCAGCGUGCGGCAGGAGAAGGACUUCCCCCUCGGAUACUACGGCAUUGUGCUCCUGAGCUACGCUGUUCACCAGGUGGCCCUGUACAGCAUGUAUGUGGCCACGAUGGCCUUCCAUGCCAAAGUUAGUGACCCCCUCAUUGGAGGCACCUACAUGACCCUCCUCAACACCGUCACCAACCUGGGUGGGAACUGGCCGUCCACGCUGGCGCUGUGGCUUGUGGACCCGCUGACGACCAAGGAAUGUCAGGGGGCCGCAGGCCAGACGUGUAACUCUCCAGAGGCUGCUGGGCUCUGUUCCCAGAUGGGCGGCACUUGUGUGACGCUGCUUGAUGGGUAUUAUGUGGAGUCUCUGGUGUGUGUUCUGGUCGGCUUUGGCUGGUGGUUCUGGCUGGGAAAGCGCCUGAAACGAUUGCAGGAUACGAGACCUUCGGCCUGGCAGUGCCAGAGGCCCAAGUGACCCAACCCCCCCCCCCGCCUCCAUCUCCUCGUGCAGCUGCGUAUUGGGGCACCUGAUGGCAGGCCAUGCCGCCUUCCUAGGCUGCGGAUGCCCAUCCCUGUGCUACCAUUCAGCCAAUCACCCCUUUCUUGUGUCUGUUAAUGUUUUUCAAUCUUCUUCACUGUUGCUCUUUCACCCAUCUUAUUAUCAGAGGUGGAAAGUUCAGGUUCAGGUCCAGAAAGUACAAAUCCAUUCCAAGGUUUUGUUUCAACCAACCAGUCGAGUACACUGUCACUGUGACUCUUUAUACUCAACUGUUUGGUCGAAAUCUUGGACUGGAUUUGUUCUUUCUGGACCUGAACUUUCCACCUCUUCUUAUUACGUCUCCUGACCCUGGUCUCUUCCCUGUCCUGCAUACAUACUUGGGUGCUUUACCAUGAGAAGUUGCCGUCACAUAUUUCCAAACUGAGUCUUGAUCAUAAGUCGGUCUUUUUGCUCCCCCAUCUCAGAGGUCCAACAUAAUUAUCAUUAAGUGUAUCUCCACACUUGUGGGUUUAUGCUUCCUGGCUUCAGAUGAUGCACAACUGUUGCACAAAAUUGCAUUAAGUCUGGGUUAGGGCUAAUGCAAAAUAUAUUCCAGUAUAUACUUUCAGUUUCUGUCUGCCGUAAAGGAGUUUGACACUGAUUAUUUAGUCUGGGGGGUUUCAUUUGGGUGAGCACUAGUUAGAAAGUGAUUUUGUGUAGUUUGUACAGUAUUGUAAAGGGAAAGCAAAUGGAUUGUAGAUUCAGUUUUCUUCUGCUUUUCCUACUCUUCUGUAUUUUUAUGAUUGCAGGACUUUCUUAUGUUAACAUGUAAAAACAUUUUUGUCUCCUGUGUAUUUCUGUAUAGGAUGUAGCUGUACUUUUCUUUUUUUUAAUUAUGUUUUAAAAACAUUUUUAUUGAAGAUGGCACACAAAGAAUGUGUAGAAUACUUUUACAUUCUUGUCAUUAUUUACAUUAUUUGAUGGCUCUACUGAACUGAGCUGAAAAUCACCAAAAGAAUGUUAUUCCUUCUAAUUUGCCAAAAUUGUUUAUUUCUUAGUGUCACUUAAAUAGUUUUGAUGUAUUUUUUCUCCGAUUAUAAUUUAGAUUUUAUAUUUAUGUUAGAUUUUAAAAGGACCUGAACUCUCGUGAUGGAGGGACAAAUUUCAAAUCCAGUCUUUUCUUUUGAGUAAUUGUUUUUCUUUACUUGAUAAAAUGAUGUCAUAUGACCUCUGCUGGAGGUGUCAGGAACUACACGGUGGGCAUGGAAUGCUUUAAAAUAUUGGGUCAUUGUUCCUGUCAGGCAUUUUAACAUGACUGUUGAAAGUUGUUUUGUGACGUGAGGUUCUUCUCUAGGACCCCUGGUUUGUUUUCACCAUGUUCCAAGUUUUCACAGCGUGUCAAUGUUCUGAGUGCGAUAAUUAGCUGGGAAGGUUCAGAGAGAACUUUUGAGAACUUCUUUGGUCUUGCAUUGUGUGCAGUUUUUGCUUAAGUCGGAAGAUUUUUUUUUUUGUGAAUUUGGGUCUGUCAAAUAUGGCAGAAGUUACAGGGUGGCUGUAAUGACUGAUUGUACAUAUGCUGAACUGUAAGCAGUUCUAGGGAACUUUUGUACCAAAAAAAUGAGCAAGAUUAAAUAUUAUAAAGAUUUAAUACAUAUCAUAUAUAAUAAAAAUAUUUAACAAUUCA